UCUGAUGACGUCUCGGCGAGAGGAGGUGCGGGUUUGCCACGUCGGUCUCUGUGCAACGCAUUUACACUGUUGCUCCUGUAGCCCAGUGCUAACUUUUAAAGCCCUUUUAUGUUUUCGUCUGAAGCGAGAGCGACCCUCCAGCAUUGUCUGCACCGUUGUAGCUUAUCUUCAAACCAGUGCAGUCGUGGAAAUUGAAGCUCGAAGGCGGAGAAAUGCUCGGUGCUGUCUGGACUCGUCAGGCUGGAAGCCACACAACUGACUGAUGCAUCCUCGUUCAGUACACCCCCCGUAUGUUGUCGAUGUUGUUGGCCUGGUUGUACAUGGUGGCUUAUUGAGGAGACAGGGGAGGAGUCCUAGCGGCUGUCGGUUGGUGGGCGGCAUCCCUGGUUGCCACGGUAACUGGCGACCAUGCCAGGAGGCCGCAGGGGUCCCAGCAGACAGCAGCUAAGUCGCUCUGCUCUGCCGUCCCUGCAGACUCUGGUUGGAGGCAACCUCAGCAAUGGUACAGGCCUCAGGAACAGAAGCAGUAACUCAGUGGGUCUGUCUGCCCCCCCUCUGUCGGCCCUCAUCAGUCCUGAACCGGUCCGUCACUCAAGGAUUCCCGAACUGCCGUUGGACAGCAGUCUGCUGUUUGAGUUCCUGCUCUUCCUGUAUUUGCUGGUUGCCUUGUUUGUCCAGUACAUAAACAUCUACAGGACUGUUUGGUGGUACCCAUACAGCCACCCUGCUGCCUCUACCUCUCUUAACUUCCAUCUAAUGGACUACCACCUGGCGAUCUUCAUCACAGUCAUGUUGGCCCGGAGGCUUGUUUGGACGAUAGUUUCAGAGGUUUCUCAGAGCAGCGGUGGAUCACUGUUCAGAUACGUGGUUCUGAUCACAGCCCGGCUCUCCCUGCUCACCAUGUGUGGCUGGGUGCUGUGCUGGACGCUGGUCAAUCUGUGCAAGAACCAUUCAGUGCUAAACCUCCUCUUCCUGGGAUACCCAUUCGGUGUGUACGUCCCGCUCUGUUGCUUCCAUCAGGAGGGAGGGAAAAGCCAAACGGCAACGACUGACUGCGACUAUCCAGCCGACCAUCUGCAGACCGACCUGACAGAGACCCCGUUCUUUAGACCACGGGACUUCCUCUUCCUGUUACGGGAGAACCUCAGAGAGCAGUUUUCCAGCCCUCCGCACAUGCCCAUACACACCUGUCCGCCACACACACAUUCUCACACGCCAGAAUUGAUCAGAGCGGAGGUGGAGGAGCUGAAGAGUGACUUCAACCGGCGAAUUAAAGAAGUGCUGUUCAACUCGCUGUUCAGUGCGUACUAUGUCGCCUUCCUGCCUCUCUGCUUCGUCAAGAGCACGCAGUACUAUGACAUGCGCUGGUCAUGUGAGCAUCUGAUCAUGGUGUGGAUCAAUGCGUUUGUGAUGCUCAUGAGUCAGCUGCUCCCCCCCAGCUACUGCGACCUGCUCCAUCGCUCGGCGGCUCACCUGGGCCGCUGGCAGAAACUGGAGCACGGCUCCUAUAGCAACGCACCUCAGCAUUUGUGGUCAGAAAGCACCAUUUGGCCUCAGGGCGUGUUGGUACGACACAGUCGAAGUCUGUAUAAGGCAGUCGGAACCUAUAACGUCGCUCUGCCCUCUGACGUUUCCCAUGCAAGGUUUUAUUUUCUUUUCCACAAGCCAUUGCGGAUCCUGAACCUGCUGAUCUGGAUCGAGUCCAGUGUGGUUUUGUACCAGUUAUACUCUCUGCUGCGCUCCGAGCGCUGGAACCACACCCUCUCUCUGGGCCUUAUUCUCUGCUGCAACUACUACGUCCUGUUCAAACUUCUCCGGGAUCGCAUAGUGCUGGGCAAAGCCUACUCCUACCCUCUGUCCUCUAACGGUUUGGGGCUCAAGGCGCAGUAAACACUCUUCACAGUGAGACCUCACCUAUGAACUCUGCAGGUGGAGGGGAGAUGGGUUGGUUGGGGUCGGGGGGGGGGGGGGAGGACAUGACGGUUGACUGGCGCUCACGCCCGGAGGCUGAGGGACAGACUGUGAACUCAUCCUGUUUUGAUACGGUUCUAUUUUUAAUGCAAUGUUUAUAUAAACCUAUUUAAAAGAAUAUUUUUAUUUUGUAUACUAUUUCGAGUUACGCCGGGCAUUACCGUGCUUACGACAUUAGCAUGUUGUGUUAUGUUGUUGCCAGGCGACAGAGAAGUCAGGGAAUGCCAGGAGGUGACUUUCACCAAAGAUAUUUUAAGUGCAGGUGGCCAAUCACAAGAGGACUUGACUUCUGAUGGUCACUUUAACCAGACAAUUGAUGUAGAGCAGUGGAUGAGGCACUGAUCAGGCUGCUUUUCUCCAACUUGAGUCUUAAAGCUACAAUGUAGAACCAGUGAGAGACGUGCCGCCCUUUUGAGGUGGCAACAAGCAGGAGGACACUGCUCUCAACAUCUUCAGUUUUGUUUCACUGGUGAAUUUGAAUUUUUAAGGCACUUGCCGGUAUUCUCUUUCUGGAAGAGUGUAAACCAGAAGAUGGAGAUCUGUCAUUUAACUGUCCAUCAAAUAUGGGGCACAGCACACCAGCUAAAAGACAGGUAACAGGUACCCUGGCUCUGCCCAAAGGUACAAAAUCUAUCCAGCAGCUCCUCUUAACACCGAAACAGGUUCUGUCUCUUGGUUACAUUCAAAUCAAAGUGUUAAAAAUGACAGUAGUAUAACAGGCUACAAUUUCUUGGCACCAAUUAGAUUGGAGUAAGUGACUAUUACUGGUCGAGAAAUUGUCUGGCAUUUAACACACCAAAACACAAGAUUAUCUUCCUCUCACUUAGAUUUUUGUAAAAUCACUGAUGAUAAGGGAGUGUGAGAGAUGCUGGUGGGCAGAUUAUGUAACCGCUGACUCCCAUUGUUUAUUGGGAAGAUAACCAGCUGCCCACUGUAGCUUCUUAUUUGAUAAGCAGAUAUCAUGGUGGUAAAGAUCCUUCAAUUUAAAUCACAGCUAGAAAGUGCACAGUUGUAUUUGGCCAAAUGUAGAAUUUUCCUUUGAAGCUGAGCCUCUGGAGGGAUUUUUUCCUUUUUUACAAGAAGUGUAAUAAAAGUUCCUUUUAAGCUGACUUGAGAUCAGUGUGUUGGAAAAACACUGUCAGUGGUCUUAUCUUCUGCUCUACAGAGAAUGCUGUAUUAUCCUCAUCCACUUUGUUUAACUAUCAGUAUCCUUUUUUUUCCCACAUCAUUGUCUUUCUGGAGUGCAGCAGUGUUCACAAACUUCACCCAGGUUAAGAGAGAAAAGGGAUUGGCACACACUUGGCAUCUUUGAUGUUAAAGUACACCUAAAAAUUGUCAAAAAGGGUUUGAUCCCAAGGGAUUUCUAUAUUUAAAGAUAAUCUUUGACUGAUUCGUGUCUGAAAAGUUCAUACAGUCACAUUGUUUAAAUCAUAAUAGGAUUGAGGCCCAUUUAACUUUUCUUUGGGGAUUCAAUAAAGAUAACAAAGACGGCAAAUUAUUAAGUUUUCCUUUUCAUUCAGCUAUGGAACCUAUCCCUUCUCCCACUGCUAAUAUACCAUUGUCAUCACUCUCUCAUUUGGAUCUGAGAGCAGGGGAUGUUUAAUAGAGACCAAAUCAAAGGGUGAAGACAGCUUUAGGUGAUGGACUCUGUGUCACCUCAUCGGUUUAUGUAUUCUGUUACCAGAUAUGUGUUACAAACAGGUUGCCUUGCAUGUUGUUGCCUUUCUGUUCAGUCACACCUGGUAAACACUCUAAUUCUCAAGGUUCCUCCUCAUGAACCUCCACCUCUUCAUCACAGGCUCUAAUCUCCAGUGGCUACAUAACUUCAGGCAGUAUGGAGGAUUAGUGUUCAGUUAUCAGAGAAAGUCAAUACAAGAUGAGCAGCCUUUUUUUUUUUUUUCUUUUUUUUUUACCAGCAGGUAAACUCUUGAGAAGAAUAUCUGAGAAUCAAUAUUUCCUGAGCUUCUGUGAAUUUCACAGAAUGCUCCUGGCGAGUUUCAGAUUGAGUGUAAAUGAGGCGAAGUAAAGUACUUUUGAGAUAAAUGUGACUGAAUUACCUGUGCUGUUCUGCGCCUCAACAGAGGUGAGAGGAAUCUGCGAUUAUACACACAUGAACAGGUCUCCAUCAUUCUGCUUUGUCUGCAAACUCUUAAACUCUUAAAUCGGCUAAUUGGUGCUUGUGUUUAUGUUGGCUGUCUUUUUCCACUUGAAUGUAGCAAAAAAUUCAACUGAAUGUUGCUGUUGACUUGAAUUGGCAUGUUUUGUUGCUGGUAGAUUGAGCCUCAAUUGAGCACCGACCACAGAAAUAUAAUUUUGUAACUGAUGACUUUUAAUGAUCCCUUAUUUCAUGCACACAGAGGAAUAAACUAAGGUUGCAUUAAACCUGCCAGUUACAACUUGAA